GAGGCGCCGCUAGUCUUUCGGUUGCUGGGCUGUGGUUGGCAUAAUGUAGGGAAAGCCAGCGUCGGUUUCGGGACGGAGGCGUCUUCCCUCGAGCGGCUUGAGCUGGCACCGCCCGCGCGUUUCGCACCGCCGGCAUGAGAAAGCGGAACGAGUCCGUCACCUUGGAGCAUGAGCGCUUCGCCUCCUCCGCUCCGGCACCAGCUGCCGCGUCUUCCUCCUCCUGCUCCUCCCAGCAGCCGGAUAAGAGCUUCAGUUUGAGACCGAGCCUGCGCCUGCCUGGUAGCUCCCGGCCCGCCGGCGACUCUGGCAUGAAGCGAACGCUCGGCAGGAGACAUGGAAUGUGGUUUCGAUUGCGGAAGGUAGUAAUCUGGUUGUUGGGAGUGUACAUAGCCAUUCCAUUUCUAGUAAAACUUUGUCCCGCUAUUCAGGCAAAGCUUGUCUUCCUAAAUUUUGUGAGAGUACCCUACUUCAUAGACUUGAAAAAGCCUCAGGACCAAGGUUUGAACCACACCUGCAACUACUACCUACAACCAGAAGAAGAUGUGACAAUUGGAGUCUGGCACACGGUUCCCACAGCUGUAUGGAAAGAUGCUCAAGGCAAGGACCAACUGUGGUAUGAGGAUGCUUUGGGUUCCAGCCACCCUGUGAUUCUUUACUUACAUGGAAAUGCAGGUACUAGAGGAGGGGAUCACCGUGUGGAACUUUACAAGGUUUUGAGUUCUCUUGGUUAUCAUGUGGUCACGUUUGAUUAUCGAGGCUGGGGAGACUCAAUAGGCACUCCCUCAGAGAGUGGGAUGACCUAUGAUGCUCUUCAUGUUUUUGACUGGAUAAAAGCAAGAAGUGGAGACAAUCCAGUGUAUAUAUGGGGACACUCCUUGGGCACUGGAGUUGCAACCAAUCUUGUAAGGCGUCUUUGUGAGCGAGAAACUCCCCCUGAUGCCCUGAUAUUAGAGUCACCUUUUACGAACAUACGUGAAGAAGCAAAAAGCCAUCCUUUUUCAGUGAUUUAUAGAUAUUUCCCAGGAUUUGAUUGGUUCUUCCUUGAUCCCAUCACAUCGAGUGGAAUUAAGUUUGCAAAUGAUGAGAAUGUGAAGCAUAUUUCUUGCUCUCUGCUAAUUCUUCAUGCUGAAGAUGAUCCUGUAGUACCAUUUCAUCUUGGAAAAAAGCUAUACAACAUUGCUGCCCCAUCUCGGAGCUUCCGUGAUUACAAAGUACAGUUCGUUCCAUUUCACACAGAGCUAGGCUACAGGCAUAAAUACAUCUACAAGAGCCCAGAACUACCUCGAAUAUUGCGGGAAUUCCUGGGAAAAUUGGGACAUGAGCAUCGUCACUGAGGACUAACUGCAUGGUUGACUUAAGUUGUCAUCUGCAAGAAAAGGUCUGCCAUUCUUUAAAACCCGGACACUGAAUAUGUCACAGAUUCCUGCUUCAGUCUUAAUGCAUACACUUGGAAACCCAGCCUCUGGGGCAGUAGAGAUACGAAGAAAAGUCGCUGGCUUGUCUCUCUCCCUCUCCCCCCAGGCCCCUUCUAAAGAACAAGAGAACCAAACAAAUCAAAACAACUAAGUUCAAGCACAAGAAGGACUUGGCAAAAAACUUUCAGAAAUGAGGAACAUUCCUACAAGUGUCCGGCCGCAAAAGCUUUUUAGAACACAAAAACCUCUUGCACUCGGAAACGCAAAUGAACUGCAAUUGUCUUUAGAAAUGCAACAGCUACAAUAAUAUUUCAGUGCUGUAUCUAGUUUACCUGAGUUGCAGGUUGCUCUUUUAAUAGAUUUUAGUUCAGUGAGGAGUUUCCCUACCCUUGGCAACUGCGGAGUUGCUGAAUAUGGUUCUUUGGUUCUGAAAUUCAUUUGAGAACUUUCAAGAGAUCAGGAUGCUUUCAAGAAAACAUUUCAGAAUGCAAUGAAGGAUGUUUCUCCUUUAAAAUAAGGCAACUAUUUAAUAGUGACUAAGCUUCUCUUUCUCUGUUGCCUUGCUUUGAAGUUUCUUAGUUGUCUCUCAAAUAUAGAUAAUAUAUAAACAUCUUUAUUAUACCUCAUAUACAGACACAUCCUCUUUAAGAUUCUUUCUUCCUCUGACUUUGAGGUUCUUUCUUGUCUCCAAACCAUUUUAUUUAGAUGUACAGGUCCAAUGGGUGAAGUGAGAUGUAUUGAAUACAAAUUGCACCCUCAAAAGUUGUUCGAAAGACUCCUUCAGUAAAUAGAAGGUGUCUAUAUACUUUGUCUAGAAUGGGUGGAUAUUUUUUUUCCUGCUGUGAUGAAGAUGUCUUCCAGUCUCCUCUAGAGACAUAUAAGCACUUUGGGGGUGAGAAAAAUUGGUAUCAUUUUUCAUAAUCAUGGUCCUUCAUACCGCUACAGCCCUUCCAUUUUCUUUU